AUGGCGACGUUCAACGGAGACUUCUUCGAUUUUCCGUUCCUUUAUGCGCGUGCGAAGGUGCAUGGCAUCGACAUGUUCCUUGAGACCGGCUUUGCAAAGGAUUCGGAGGAUGAGUUCAAGAGUCGUUGCUGCGUCCACAUGGAUUGCUUCCGCUGGGUGAAACGUGAUUCGUACUUGCCCCAGGGUAGUCAGGGCCUGAAAGCUGUCACGACGGCGAAGUUAGGGUACAACCCCAUUGAGCUCGACCCGGAAUUAAUGACUCCGUAUGCAAUGGAGCAGCCGCAAACACUCGCUCAGUACUCAGUCUCCGACGCCGUUGCGACGUAUUACCUCUACAUGAAAUACGUCCACCCCUUCAUCUUCUCCCUUUGCAACAUUAUUCCAUUGUGUCCGGACGAGGUACUGAGGAAGGGAAGUGGGACACUCUGCGAGACGUUGCUGAUGGUUGAGGCAUUCCGUGGCCAGAUCAUCAUGCCAAACAGACACGAAGAAGAGCACGGGAACAUGUACGACGGUCAUCUACUCGCUUCAGAGACCUACGUCGGAGGGCACGUAGAGGCCCUUGAAGCCGGUGUCUUCCGUAGUGAUAUUCCGACGGAAUUCAAAAUCGAGCCAACCGCAGCCCAGAAGCUCAUCGACGAGCUUGAUGCCGCCCUCAAGUUCUGUAUCGUCGACGAAUCAAAAGCGUCCCUCGAAGACGUGACCAACUACGACGAGGUCAAGGGCCAGAUCCAGGCCGCGCUGGAAGAGAUGCGUGACAAUCCCAUGCGCAUAGACAAGCCGCUGAUCUACCAUCUGGACGUCGCGGCCAUGUACCCGAAUAUCAUGUUGUCUAAUCGUCUACAACCUGACUCGGUUGUGGACGAGGCCGUAUGUGCUGUCUGCGACUUCAACCGGCCCGGGAAGUCGUGCGAUCGGCGGAUGACAUGGGCCUGGCGUGGCGAGUUCUUCCCUGCGCGCCGGGACGAGUUCAACAUGAUCAAACACGCGUUGAACCAGGAGACGUUCCCUCCGAAGAAGCCGGGGGGCCCUCAGCGGAAGUUCGUCGACCUCACUCCGGCGGAACAGACGGCUCUGCUGCACAAACGUCUUGGCGAUUAUUCGCGCAAGGUGUACAAGAAGAUCAAGGACACUAGGAUCGAGAACCGGGAGGCGAUUAUCUGCCAGCGCGAGAAUCCCUUCUACAUCGACACUGUGCGUCGCUUCCGUGAUCGGCGAUACGAGUACAAAGGCCUCCAUAAGACAUGGAAGAAGAACCAUGACACUGUCAUAGCGGAACAGCGCUCGAUCGCCGAGGUCGACGAGGCCAAGAAGAUGAUCUGUAUCCUCAAUUCGUUCUCGGAUCGUCACAAGUGCUCAUCCUCAAUUCGUUCUACGCGAUACGUCAUGCGCAAGGGUGCUCGGUGGCACUCAAUGGAGAUGGCAGGAGGUAUCACUUGCCUGACGGGCGCGACGAUCAUCCAGAUGGCCAGGCAACUCGUCGAGCAGAUUGGCCGUCCUCUCGAGUUGGACACUGACGGCAUCUGGUGCAUGCUUCCUGGUGUCUUCCCGGAGAACUUUCAGUUCCAACUGGCGAAUGGCAAAACGCUUGGCAUCUCUUACCCUUGUACAAUGCUCAACCACCUCGUCCAUGCACAGUUCACGAACCAUCAGUACCACGACCUCGAUCUCGAGACCGGCGAGUACAAGGUCCACAGCGAGAACUCCAUCUUCUUCGAGCUCGACGGUCCCUACAGAGCGAUGAUCCUGCCGUCUUCGAAGGAGGAGGACAAGUUGCUCAAGAAGCGUUACGCCGUCUUCAAUGACGACGGCUCUCUCGCGGAACUCAAGGGGUUCGAAAUGAAGCGUCGUGGCGAGUUGCAGCUCAUCAAGAUCUUCCAGUCGCAGAUCUUCGAGCGAUUUCUGCUCGGCGAGACUACCGAAGAGUGCUAUGCCGCUGUCGCCCAAAUCGCGGAUCGCUGGCUAGACGUUCUGUUCAGCAAGGCAGAGAACCUUCCCGACGAAGAGCUGGUCGAGCUCAUUGCCGAGAACAGGAGCAUGUCGAAAACGUUGGCGGAGUAUGCGGGUCAGAAAUCGACGUCCAUCAGUACUGCGAGGCGUCUCGCCGAGUUCUUGGGCGACCAGAUGGUGAAGGACAAGGGUUUGGCCUGCAAGUUCAUCAUCUCCGCACGUCCCCAAGGUGCACCGGUCACUGAUAGGGCUGUUCCAAUCGCGAUCUUCUCGGCAGAAGAUAGUGUGAAGCAGACCUAUCUCCGCAAGUGGUUGAAAGAUAACAGCCUCACUAACUUCGACAUCAGGUCAAUUCUGGACUGGAACUACUACAUCGAACGUCUGGGGUCUGUCAUCCAGAAGCUCAUUACCAUCCCCGCGGCUAUGCAAAAGGUCGUCAAUCCGGUCCCUCUGGUCGCGAAGGAUGACAAGUUCCGGCAGCACAAAGUUACCGAAUUUUUCAAGGCGAAGGCGGACGACGGGAUACCGUCUAAUGACAUCGAGGACACAGGCACCCAGGUAUCUGACAACGGCAGAUUGCGUUUGGCUGUCGUCACUCGGAAGCCUCCACCACGGGAGGAUACCCCGGAGCCAACCGAGGAGGCGCUGGAUCUCCCUGAUCCGUCGGUGGACUACCGCGGCUUCAUCACAAGCUUGGGUGCUGUCUGGAGGCGUCGGGCAAGAGGGGAGGCCACCACGACCGUGCCAAAGAUGUUCAAGGGUGUCCAGCCUAAGACGCCAACGAACUCUCCGUGGGAUAUCGUUCAGAUCCGGCCAACGAGGAUUCCCGGCCGGUUCGCUAUGUGGCUAUCAUCUGGGAGCGAUCUGAUCUCCAUUCCCCUGCGCAUUCCGCGGGACGAAGGCGGGCAGUUCAAUAGGGACAUGUAUACAAGUGAGAAGGUCAUCCGCGGAUUGCCCCGAGAUAGGCCAUGCAUCAACUUGUACAAGCUCUCUGUGCGCGAGGAGACAUACAUCGAUGGUCAGGAGCAUUUCAUCGACUUGACGAAUGAUCCGAACGUGGAUGGUGUGUUUGAGAUGCAGUUACCUCUCGACAUGCGAGCCUUGCUCCUGCUAGGCAAGACAUGCAAGUCGAACCACAAGUAUCUCAACGAGGGACGGGAUGGGAAGUACAUCUUCCUGUACCACAUCUGCUCCAAUAACGCGCCAAUACACGUCUUCGUCCUGUUUGUGCCUGGCAAACAAGUUCGAUUGCACAUCCCGAUCCCGCGGCUCACUGAGGCCUACAGCGAUGCAUACGCCAAACGGCAGCAAACGAACGGCGCCAGCGUGGCCUACUCCUACCCAGCUUCCUGUGACUUCAUAAGCGCCUACCAUAGGACAGACGUAGCGGCGCUAAAGGCAAUCUCUAUCGAGCUGGGUACAAUGGAGAAGGAUCCUUAUACAGUCGUCAUCUCCUCCAGCAAAGAGCAAACGUACUUCGACGCGUACGUCCCGAAACUGGCGAAGUUCCCUGUCUUGUCCAUGCCAAAGACGAAGACCACGCAUACGUUGGACGCGCUCCCAUGGCAGAAGAACGUCGCACAGAAGAUAGCCUUUCGUUACCUGUCCUUGGGCACCUGGUUGGACCGCACAAUCGCACUCGCUGACUACUACGACAUUCCCAUCGGGUACAUCGAUGGCGACCAGCCCCUACGCCUUGCCGACGUUGACUUCGCUCGCAGGCUGACGGAACACGACUUCGUUUUGUGGUGGUCGCCCGGGAAUCGUCCGGACCUCGGAGGAAGCGAAGAGGACGAUCGGCCCGAAGAGGAGCUGCCAAAGACAGAGUUCAUGUCCUCCGGCUGCUAUUCCAACGUCUGCCUGGAGAUUACCGUGCGUAACCUGGCCGUCAACUCUGUGCUGCACUCCAUGAUGGUCAAUGAGCUCGAGGGCGCGGGCGGGGCGACGGCGUUCGACUCCUCGCGCACGCUGGACGAGUACUCCAGCGCAGACACGCAGCGCGACCUGACCCUCGGCGACUCGAACGUCUCCCCGCAGAUGUUCUCGAUCCUCAAGAACAUGGUGAAGACGUGGUUGCUGGACAAGAUUCAGGGCCACUUUGGUAGCCCGUCGGCGAUCGCGAUCGACCACUUCUGGCGGUGGAUCAGCUCUAAGGCGUCGUGCAUGUAUGACCCGAGUCUGCAUCGCUUCAUUCACGGCCUCAUGCGCAAGACGUUCAUCCAGAUGCUCGCGGAGUUCAAGCGUCUGGGCUCGCAUGUUGUCUACGCGGACUUGAGCAGGAUCCUACUCGUCACAUCUAAACCACCCGGGACCGCACAUGCCUACGCUACGUACAUCACGACCGCUGUGACCUCGCACGAACUGUUCCAGCACGUCUACCUGCGCACGGAGCGCUUCUACGAUUUCUUGUUGUUCAUAGACCAAGCGAACCUCGGCGGCGUCGUAUGCGAGGACCCGCUCGCGAUCGAUCCGCCCGAGGAGAUCUGCAUCGAGAUGCUAUGGAACAUCGAGACCUUCUUGCCUCCAGCCAUCCAGCGCGACUUCCGGAACGUCGUGCGUUUCUUCCUGGUAGAGCUCUUUCGAACGUGCCAGAAGACGCGAGGAACGAGUAGGGGCCCACUGCGGAUUCUGCCCAACGGCGCGCCGGAUGCCACCCAGCGCGACGUGGUCAAAACGCAAGAAGUCGAAGCAAGCCGUGACUUCAUCUCCCGCAAGCUGACGCGCAAGCUCCUCAAGGCCGUGGGCAGCAUUCAAGACCGCUACCGGGAAGCAGUGAUGGACGAGGAGGCUCUGGCACAGUGGGAGUUCCCGGUAUUGCCUGGGUCGCACCUCAAUCUGACGAACCCAAUCCUUGAGUUUGUCAAAUUUACCUGUGCAGUUUUUGCGCUCGCGAAGGAGAACCAGAUCGAGAUUGACCUGCUGAAACGCAACCUCCUCGAGCUCGUCGGCGUCCGGGAAUUCGCGAGCGAGGCUACCUUCCACAACCCCUGCCAGCCCCUCAUCCUGUCGAACGUCCCUUGCCGACACUGUGACGCACUGCGGGACUUCGAUUUCUGCAGAGACCCGGCGCUUCUGCCGAAUAAUCUCGAGCUCAAGGCACGGUGGCUCUGUGGUAAUUGCGGCGGCGAGUACGAUCGCACGAUGGUUGAAUUCGCUAUGAUGGACACCAUAUGGGACCUCGAACGACGAUUCGCCCAGCAAGAUCUCCGAUGUACGAAGUGCAGACGCAUACGAUCUGACAACCUCUCGCGACAUUGCCCGUGCUCUGGCAGCUAUCAGCUCACUAUCAACAAGGCUGAUGUGCGUCAAAAGCUGCGGACCAUCGUCAAUGUAGCAAUAGCCCACAACCUAUAUCGUUUGAAGGACUGCUCGCAAACAAUUCUUACACAUUGGUAGCCGCACCUUGUUCAUCUCCGCUCUCGACGUCGUCGCUUUCGUGUUGCAUCAUGAUAUGUAUUCUACCUGUAUCAUUAUUCCCGAGUCGCCUCCAGAGUCUAAUCAUACCAGCACAGUCAAUGG